AUGGUAUCUUCUUCAGUUCCUCCUCUAGCAUUCUCUCAAAUCACGCGGCGUCUGGGAUCCUACUCUCUGGCAGUCUCAUUCUUCGAGUACGUGGAUGAGAAAUCUCAAUCUCUGAAACGCCGUGAAGAAUAUCUCUCCUUGGUGCUCCAGUCGCUUAUUGAAUUCGCCGGUAGUCAACCUGACUCAAAGGAUAAACUUGUCAACCUAUACGAGAUUGCCAAGGAGAAGAACAUCCCGCUCACUCUCGUCGCUGCUAAGCUUCUCAUCCGAUGGUUUGGGCGUAUGGGCAUGGUGGAUCAGUCGGUUCUUGUAUACGAAAGCCUCGAUUCGAAUUCGAAGAACACGCAAGUUCGCAAUGUUGUGAUUGACGUCUUGUUAAGAAAUCGACUUGUGGAUUAUGCCUUCAAGGUGCUCGACGAAAUGCUUCAAAAAGACUCUGUUUUUCCUCCUAACAGAAUCACUGCGGAUAUUGUCUUCCAUGAGGUUUGGAGUGGAAGGCGUCGUCACAGUGAAGAUGAGAUUGCUUCGUUGGUUUUGAGAUUCAGCUCUCAUGGCGUAUUCGCAAACUGUUUGGUUGACUCUUUAUCACGUCUAAGAAAUCGACUUGUGGAUUAUGCCUUCAAGGUUUGGAGUGGAAGGCGUCGUCACAGUGAAGAUGAGAUUGCUUCGUUGGUUUUGAGAUUCAGCUCUCAUGGCGUAUCUCCAAACUCUGUUUGGUUGACUCGGUUUAUCACUAGUCUAUGCAGAAACUCUCGCACCAAUGUAGCUUGGGAGAUUUUGAGCGACCUGAUGAAGAACAAAGCACCACUUGAAGCUCCUCCUUUCAAUUCGCUUUUGACAUGUUUAGUAAGAAAGAUGGACACUCGUGGAAUGGAUGAUAUAGUUGAAAAGAUGGAUGAGAUGGGGAUUAAGCCUGAUGUAGUGACUUUAGGGAUUCGUAUCAAAAGUUUGUGCAAAUCCAGAAGGGUCGAUGAAGCUAUGGAGGUUUUUGGACAACUGUGUGGGAAGAAAACUGAUGGUGGGAAUGUGAUUAAAGCUGAUUUGAUCCUUUACAACACUCUCAUUGACGGGUUAUGCAAGGUGGGGAGGAUGAAAGAAGCUGAGGAUUUGUUGGCAAAGAUGAGAAAGGAAGAGACUUUUGCACCAAACUCCAUUACUUACAACUGCUUGAUUGAUGGAUAUUGCAGAGAAGAUUAUUCCGCUGAUCAUAUAGAGUUUUUGACACUUCUUAGAGAUUGCACCCAUAGAGGUCUCAUAGAUGAGGGGAGAUGGAAAGAUCUUGAAGAAGAAAGGGUGUCAAUGAAAGAAAGCAGAUGGAAGGAACGCCGCCUUGGAUGCAGUUGGAUCGAGAUUGACGGCAAGGUACAUACAUUUACAGCAGGAAAAGUGUCAGGAAAAGAGGUAGCAGGAAAAGUAUCUGGAGGAGAAGAGGAAGCAGGAAAAUUGUCUGGAGGAGAAGAGGUAGCAGGAAAAGUAUAUGGAGGAGAAGAGGUAGCAGGAAAAGUGUCUGGAGGAGAAGAGGUGUCUCAUCCAGAGAUCAAUGCGAUACAAGAGAAACUGCAUGAGAUUAGCAGCUAUCUGAGAAGCGAAUAA